UACUUUUACCAGCGUACCCCAUGGGACUAUUCAAACAACUAGACAGAGCUUUUCUUCCUCUCUUUAAAUAGUGACCCUCGUUGCUCUUUAUCUUUCCACAACUCAACAAUCAACAAAGAAAACCCAACAUCAACAUGGCUGCUAGUUUUACUUCUUCUUUUCCCUUGUUCAUGCUUUUGAUCUCUUCUCUUUUAUUACUGGGUUCCUUUGCUUGUGCCUCAGAGAAACAAUACGCUGCCUCUGCCCCUGUAAACAAAGGACUGUCAUCGGCGUUCUACGAAUCAAGCUGCCCUGACCUUGAAUCAAUUGUCAGAAAACAGCUUAAGAAGAUCUUCAAGAAAGACAUUGGCCAAGCCGCUGGCUUACUGCGUCUUCAUUUCCAUGACUGCUUUGUUCAGGGAUGUGAUGCUUCGGUGUUGCUUGAUGGAUCAGCCAGUGGUCCAAGUGAGCAGAACGCAAUUCCAAACCAGACUUUGAGGGCUAAGGCAUUUGAGAUCAUUGAGGCUCUACGUGAGCUUAUCCACAAGGAGUGCGGAAGAAUCGUCUCCUGUGCUGACAUAGUUGCUCUCGCUGCUCGUGACUCUGUUGUCCUGUCAGGAGGCCCUGAAUACAGUGUGCCAUUAGGAAGGCGGGACGGACAAAGCUUUGCUACACAAGACGUAACAGAGGACCUCCUACCCUCACCCAGAAGUAACGCUAGUACCCUUAUUGAAAAACUGGCCACCAAUCAAAAACUUGAUGCCACCGAUUUGGUAGCCCUCUCUGGUGGCCACACCAUUGGUCUUGGCCACUGCAGUUCUUUCACCGAGCGGCUCUACCCAACCCAAGACCCUACUAUGGCCAAAACAUUCGCCAAUGACCUCAAAGAAGUAUGUCCCAAAUCAGAUACCAAUGCCACCACCGUCUUGGACAAGCGGUCUCCUAAUAAAUUUGAUAACAAGUACUAUGUUGACCUCAUGAAUCGCGAAGGACUAUUCACUUCAGACCAAGACUUGUACACGGAUAGCAGGACUAAGGGCAUUGUUGAAAGCUUUGCUCUUGAUGAGGAGCUUUUCUUUGAGCAGUUUGCAAAAUCCAUGAUCAAAAUGGGACAACUGAGUGUGUUGACAGGCAAAAAAGGAGAAAUUCGGGCAGAUUGCUCUGUGAGGAACUCUGAUAAUGCAAAACUGAAAACCGUGGUGGAAGAGGAUGUGGACGUGGAAGCUCAUUCUGAGUUGUAAGAUAGUUUUUCAUAUUAAUCGUUGCUGCUGUUGUUCCAUUUGUGCACUUUGUUGUUUAAUAUUAUGUAUUUCUUUUGUAUUUUUGUACGUGUUUUCAGACUUAAUUUGUAUUGUAUACUCCUAAUUGCUUGUUUAAUGUGACACCUACUUUUAGUAAUAA